AUGUCUAAAUUGAAAAGCAAAAAACCCCGUUUAGAUAUAAAACAAACAUCUAAGGAGCAAAAACAAGGAAGAAAUUUACUCGAUCUACCGCCUGAAAUAUUAGAGAAAAUUAUUGGAUGUGUUAAUAUAUGGCAUCACAAUCGCAUACGUGAGACAUCAAAGCGUUUUCGAGAAAUUGAUGAUCUCUUUGUGAGGCAUGAAUUUGAAAAAUCAUUAAACAAGGAAAUUGUUGCGGAUCCCAACAGUUACGCAAGUGCCGUUUUAAGGAGUAUACGGCAAGCAGCCGAAGUGUAUUUGCAUUCGGAAUUUGAUUCGAUUUUUUGUGGAUGCAUUUUACCCAUGCUGCGGAACUCAUACAAAAAUCCAUUUUGUCCCCAGGUUAAUCUUGUUAGUAAAUUCUUAGUGCAUUUCUAUAAUUUGGUUGAGGAGAAAAUUGGUGACCCAAUGUCUCAAUACUCUAGGCUUUUGUAUUCUUUAACGUUGAUGAGAUUUUUCAAGGCUUUUGAUAGAUGUACCAUUAUAUCAUCAACUACGUUACCAUUUCACUGGCGAGUUGUUAUCGAAUUAGAAGGUCCCUGGCUGGGUAUGUUGUGGAAUUCAAAGCGUAGAACUCCAGAAGAAUUUUGCCGAAGCCAUCUGUUAGUUAUACUGACCGAAAUGCUAAUAACUAACAUAACUGGUAAAGCAUUCAAACGAGUCUGGGAAUGUCCCAGCGAACUCUAUGUGUUCGGCAAUGAUACUAGCAUUGGAAAACGUAUACCACGCACCCUGUUCACCAUUACAGUGCACGGCUCGAAGAAGAUAUGCACUUUAUUUCAAUCCUUUCUUGGUAUUGAUGGCCAAGUGUUUCAAUGGCCAACAAAAUGGCCCAAAGAUCAAUUUACAGUCAAUUUGGAUAUUGAGUGCAAGGAAGCAACAAAAUGGGGAUGUUCCAAAUCGUUGCAUUUGGAGUUUAGUCCAUUUGCCAGAUUAUCACAUAGUGAAGAAGAUAUACAGUGUGGAGACUAUAAUGAAAAUACUAUAUAUUUUGGUGAUUUUCCAUGA